GACGGGGAAGCAGAGCAGGCUGAGAGGAGGGGAGCCAGGCGCCCCCAGCGGAGCGUCAAGAUGAGUCCCAGUGCUCUGGUAACCCACCUUCCGGACCCAGCAGCCUGGGCUCCUCUUGUCUCUCCAUCCCUCCCCCACCCUCGGGGAGCCCAGCGGGUACCGCGGGGGCGAGCGGGGCGGGGCCACGGAGCAGUUAUAGUUGGACCUGCCUGGGGACCAACUCCUCGCCUGUAGCCUCCUGCGCUCUGGCUCCCCGACGCCCCGAUUCCGCCGUGCGCCCAGAUCCAGCUAAGCCAACUCCUGGCCCGCCCCGCCGGCCGGCCAUCAACAUGAGCACCGUGGCGCGGGGCACGGGGGUGCGGGGCCCGUGGCGGGGAGCCCCUGCAAGCCGGCCGCUAUUCGCGUUGCUGCUGCUUCUGCUGCUACUGCUGCCGCUGCCCGCCGGCGCCUGGUACAAGCACGUGGCGAGUCCCCGCUACCACACGGUGGGCCGCGCCGCGGGCCUGCUCAUGGGGCUGCGCCGUUCGCCCUACAUGUGGCGCCGCACGUUGCGUGCCCCAGUUGGACCCCUUGCCUGGGACACCCUAGGCCUGGGCGCGCCCCGCCCGGGGCCGUCUGCCAGAGACACCCUCUCCCCGGGACCCGCCGUCCGCGAUGCUCUCCUGUUUCCCUCCGGGGUUCAGGGACUGUGGGAGGCGCGACUCCCCGUCAGUGCGCCCCGGAGCCCGCGCCCGAACCCGAGCCGAGGCUGGGCGCCGAUUUCUGGACCUCAGCGGAGCAGGCCAGAGCCUUCAGAGAGUCUCCCGCACAGUCAUGGUGUGCGCAGCGAACCGCCUUCGCCGGCCCCCACCUCGCCGAAGGGCCGUCAUGAGCGCAGCCUCUGCCCGCGGCGCCCCCGCGCCUGACCCAGGCGGGGUCGCUUCCGCCUCCAGGGCGCACAGCUCCUGCCAGGCCAGGCCAUUUGGUCAAUAAAACCAUCCUGGUUCCUG